GCCGAGCCGGCGGAGACGAAAAGGGAUCGCGCAGCUCACGAGCUCAAAGGGAGGAGCCUGUAGGAAUUAUAGUGUAGACACAUGCCAGAACUUGAACCGGUACCGGAGCUGGGCCGGGACGGCAUGGCGGCGGCUGGCACGGCGGGCUGCCUGGGCCGAAGCUCGGGAUGGACAGCGGCGAUCCAGCGGCUGCUGCAGCAGUUCGGCUCCGCGCAGAGGCCAGGCUCCUCCAGUUUUCAGGGCCUCCCCCUGGUGGUAGAGGGCCAGCAGGUGGGAUUGGUGGGACCUGCUGUUGCCCGGGAAUUGCAAGCCUUUCCCGACGUGUUUGUGGAGGUGGCAGGGCGCCUAGAGCUUCGAGGGGGUCAUUGCCCCAAAGAACGCACAGAGGCUGUGGCCAAGGUCCUGGCUCAGCUGCGAGCUGAGGGCCGCCUGGUGAGGUUGGCGAGGUGGCGAGAUGAGGCAUAUGAGGUGCGACCCUGUUUCGGAGCCCCGGCCUUAUUAAAUGUGGAGAGAGCAGCAGCCCCCUUGCUGGGAGUCCUCCAGUUUGGGGCGCAUCUCAAUGCUUUUGUGCACCGUCAAGAUGAUGGGACAGGGUCUCGGCAGAUGCUUAUGUGGCUGGCAAGGCGGUCCCCUCACAAGGCCACCUAUCCGGGCCUGCUAGACAACCUGGCAGGCGGGGGCAUAAGUGCUGGGCUGGGCGUCAAGGAGACCAUGGUGAAAGAGAGCUGGGAGGAGGCCCGGAUGCCCCCAGAGCUGGCAGCUCAAGCCCAGCCAGUGGGCUGCCUCAGCUACACUUUUGAGGAGAUGGAUGGGGAAGAACUGGGGGCUCUGGUUCGAGAAUGCCUGUUUGUCUUUGACCUGGAAGUGCCUGAAGUUUUCACCCCCCAAGUGGGAGAUGGGGAAGUGCAGGAGUUCUACCUCUGGCCCCUGGACAAGGUCAAGGAAGCUGUGAGUUCUGGCAGCUUUAAGCCCAACUGUGCCCUGGUGGUGGUGGAUUUCCUGUUCAGACAUGGACUGCUACACCCAGACCAGGAGCCCCUGUACCCAGAGCUCAUGGCCGUGAUGCACCAGCCCCUGUAAGUUCUGCCCAGGAUGCCCGAAGGCAGCAGGACCAGGAAAGGGGACAAAAGCCCGGAGUUUGGGGCACUUCUGCUGUUUUUGCAGGAGGAUUGGGGAGCCUCCCAACUCCUGCAGAGCACAAUGAAAGGCCUGAGGGAGUCAAGGCUGGAGUGAUCCAGGUGUCUCCCAUUGGACACGUGGGAAUCUGAAGAAGGAAGUGAACCCUGGUGGGAAGGAAAGGCGGACAUGGUGACAGCAAGGCUGGCGACGUUUCCCAGCAGAGCCUGGGUCUUCCUUGGCUGGAGUCUCAUCCAUCAGAUGAAGGGGGGAGGAGUCAUCAGACAUUCUUCUUCCUGUAGCUGGGGCUGCAGCUUUCCCCUCUUUCCUUCAUCCUGAAGGGUCAAGCUGUCGCCAGCCCCUGCUCUGAGUCUCUCUCAAAGCCCAGUCUCUGUCUCUUCUGCCAAAGGCCUCGCACCCUUUCCCUGGGCAAGGGGGCACCAGAGCACAGGGCACAGCCUGGAGAGGGAAAGACCAAAUUUCGAAUCCAGCUUCAGACUCUAACUGGGCAAUCCCAAGCAAAACACUUAAUCUAACUGCCUCAGUUUCCCCAGUUAUAAUGACACAUGUCUGCAUGGUGAAGUUGGUGUGAAGAUCCAAUAAAACGAUGUUUGUAAAGAGCUUGGCGUGGUCCUGGCAUA